GGCGCAGGCGUGGAGUUAGAGGUAGAGAGGCUAUCUAAUCGAUCGUAUGUUGGGGUGAGCUUAUCUGCGAAUCCAAUGGAAGGGCGAGCUUGUCACCACAUCGUUCACGCUUGUCAUUCUGAAGUUUGCCUCCAACAACGCAGCCAACCUGGUUCCUAACUCCAAGACCUCAGCCGAUAUGCUGUUUUUCGUGUUGUGGUUAUCCAUUCUCGUCACCCUCGGCUCGGUUAACGGAGAAGACUGCACGGUGGAGCAACUUAAUUCUGUGGCGAGCAACUCAUAUGUGGCCCCAUGCGCGAAAGCCAUGGACUUUUCGGAGAUUCUCAGUUUGGCUGCGCUAUCCAGUGACCAAGUGAAGAUGUUCUGUGCGAGCGCUCCAUGCAUGAAGCUGUACGAAGAUGUGCGCACAAUGGGACUUGGAGACUGCUCAAUUCCCAGCACGGGGACUUCCAUGCAAAAGGACAUCAUCGACCCCGUCACGGAAGCUUGUGGCAGCAGCGGAUCAUCAAGCAACUCUACUGACAGCUCAACUGACGCCGAAGUUGAAGCAGACGAAGCUUCUUCCACCAGCUCGAGCUCUAGAAUCAGCGUCUUUGUCGCCGGAUACGUCGUCGCUGUGGUUCUAUCCGUCGUCUUCGUCUAGUACAAACGUGCUGUAGUAAGCGAAUGUAUCAUCUUUUGUAGUAGUUCAUGAGUAAAAAAUGCAAUUGUACAGUUCAAGUUUAAGCUGCAGCGUUGUUCGUCGGAGACGAAGCGUCUCACAAAGCGGCAACAUCCUUGGAAUCCUGUUUCGACAGCCGAAAUUAUAGCACCUUGAGUUGGACAAGUGCUGGCACAUGUUUGAGUCGUUUACACCAGCAACACUUUCCAUUCUCGUGGAUAAUCAAAAGAACAUGAUUCUCAUCAUUUUGCCA